GUGGACAACGAUACGAUCUGGAAUGAGACACACACGUCGACGGCGUCUCGCUUGGCGGCAGGCAGCGUGACGGAACUGGCGCUCAGGGUAGCACAGGGAGAGCUGAAGAAUGGCUUUGCAGUGGUGAGGCCCCCUGGACACCAUGCAGCCCGCUCUACCCCCUUGGGUUUCUGCUUCUUCAACUCCGUGGCCAUCGCAGCCAAGCAGCUCCAGCACAAACUCAGCAUCAGCAAGAUCCUCAUUGUGGACUGGGAUGUUCACCAUGGCAACGGUACCCAGUCAGUGUUCUACAACGACUCCAGCGUGCUGUACAUCUCCCUGCAUCGCUAUGACAAUGGCAACUUCUUCCCCGGUAGCGGUAACCCAGCCGAGGUUGGAGCAGGAGCAGGUGAGGGCUUCAAUGUCAAUGUGGCGUGGACGGGAGGCUUGGACCCUCCCAUGGGCGACGCUGAAUACCUGGCGGCAUUCCGGACUGUGGUGAUGCCGAUUGCCCACGAGUUCUCUCCUGACAUGGUGCUGGUCUCAUCUGGUUUCGAUGCCGUCAAGGGACAUCCGGCGCCGCUGGGGGGCUACAAAGUGUCGGCCAAGUGUUUUGGCUUCCUGACACAUCAGCUGAUGGGGCUGGCGGGGGGCCGGGUUGUCAUGGCCCUGGAGGGGGGUCACGACCUCACGGCCAUCUGCGAUGCGUCGGAGGCCUGCGUCCGCAUCCUGCUGGGCACUCAGGUGGAGCCCCUGUCUCAAGCUGUUCUGGAGAGGAGACCCUGUCGCAACGCUGUCCUCUCUCUACAGCGAGUCAUACAGGCCCAGGGUGAGUACUGGCGGUCGUUGAGGGCAGUGGCCCACACGGUGGAUCAGUCCUACCUGCAAGCCCAGGGACAGAGUCUGAGACGGAACUCAGAGGACCACAACAACACAGUGUCCGCCAUGGCCUCUCUCUCCAUGGCUAGCCUCACCACAGACAGGACACACAGAGAUGAACUCAUGGAGGGGGACUGUGACUCCAUGUAGACAAGUGCACUUUCUGAUAAACCUAUCACACAGACAAACACACUGUCCUCCACUGUCAUCCACUGUCAUCCACUCGGCGCUGCUUCACUUGACCAGAAUCCACUGCCUCCAGUUGUCACUAUACGGACCACAUUCUGACCUCAAUAGUCAAACUGACUAGUGUACGCCUCACAUACUCCUACACCUCAUCGGGAACACAGUACUACUGGCCUUACUAAGACCACUCGCCUGCUUCGACCGCAACUCAACCACACACUGAGAAGACAUCCCAUUAACAGGGACCAAGAGGAAGGACAAUGAACACUUGUGUUCUUGGCAUGCCACUCCGUGCCUUUCCGGGUGUGUUACUCCUCCAUUACCAUGUAACAUUGCGAAUUGUGAGGACACAGAAGGAGAGGAGCACCAGACCUGAGCAGAAACUGGAAGGGUGAAAUGUACACCCUUACUCCAAACCGCUUUCAAACACCACUGAGGAGGUUACGACUUGACUUGUAUCAUGAAGUGACUUGACAAAGACCAGCUAGACAGCUGGCUGUAAACAGAGUCUCUCUGGGGAAAAGGACAACUUUUUGUUGCCUUGGUCACAGGUUACCGCGGAGCAUGGCCAGGCCGAAUCACAAAAGGAAGUAGGAAGUUGUCCCACGUCCCCACAGGAAGUCACUAUGAAGGAAAACAGACAUUGGACACUCACCAGGGGACACCUAAAACGCAUCUCGUUCCGAUGAUGUCAUUCGUAUUUAUGCGUCGCCAACAAAAUGAAGAAAAAGAGAGAGGAGACUGAGAAUUUUGUUCAGACCUUUUUUGCACUGUGCAUUUUGUCAUGUGAACCAAGGAGAGAAUGACAGUAUAGACCCCAUUGAAGCUCUCCUGGGAUUGGUGAUUAAAAAAAAACAUAUGAAUGAUCAUACUUGUGUUUUUAAGCUGAUUGAAUUAUUGUAAGUUUUAUCGAUUGCAUAUUGUAUUGCAAAUGUCAAUACAUAAUGGUCAUAUUUUUUUUAUCAUCACAUAACGAACCCUAUGAUUCAGGUGCACAGAUACCUGUGUAAAGCAUAUGCCCCUUUUCCCUUCCAGUCUCCAAAGUGGCCUUUUGGUUGGUGGUAUAAUAAGUGCCAUUUUUUUGGGGGGGGGGGAGCACCUGCCCCCUGAAAGGUCUGAGCAUGGCCCUGAUAGGUUUUUAUAGUUGUUUUCCUUCUAUAGGACAGAAAAACAUGCAAAGUGAAGGUAAGACCUUUUUAACACUCCCUUUCAGACAGCAGUUGUUAUUAGGAAUGAAUCAUAUGAUCAGUGAGACAAUUCAAUCAGGAAACACAGACAGUCGGCUCAAACGUUCCAAAGCUGUUUCAGCCAAUUACACGCACCGCCAUACUGUACGGAGAAGUCCUACUCAAUGCUUGACCACACACAAAAUAAAUGUUUAUGGAUGUCAAAAUCAAAUCAAAAUGUAUUGGUCACGUACACAGAUUUGCAGGUGUUAUAACAGGUGCAGUGAAAUGCUUAUUCACUACAGCCACAAUAACAUCUUCUAAAUAUGUGUAUGUGACCAAUAACAUUUGAUUUGACUAGCUCCAACAGUGCAGUAGAAUGUCAUACAAAUACAAUACAAAUAUACAAAUAAUCAAAACAAGAAAUAAAGAAAUGACAGAACGAGAACACACAAUAUCCCAUAAUGACGAAUCAAAAACAGUUUAGACAUUUUUGCAAAUGUAUUUUUAAAAAACUAACUGAAAUAUCACAUUUAAAUACGUUUUCAGACCCUUUACUCAGUACUUUGUUGA